AUGGCGACGGAGGCGUUGGAGAUGUACCGGCAGUCGGAGAUCGGCUACGCCCUCACCGAGACGCUGGACGAGAUGGUGAGCAGCGGCGUGCUCAGCCCCGACCUCGCCAUCACCGUCCUCCUGCAGUUCGACAAGUCCAUGGGACACGCGCUGGAUAAGCAUGUCAAGAGCAGGGCCUUCUUCAAGCGAGGCAAUCUGCGCACAUACAGGAACUGCGAUGACGUCUGGACAUUAAUCUUGAGAGACGUGACGUUCAAGAACGAGGAUAUCGAAACAGUCCUCCACAAAGUGAAGAUCGUCGCCUGCGAUUCUGCUGUGCUUAAGAAGCCUCUCAAACCUAUUACUUGCCAUCAGUGCCAACCAUAGUCCACUUCAUGAUGCACCAGGCGCCAUCCCCAAACUACGGCUUAUGGAGCAUCUAGGCAACUUCCAUUGUGCUAGAGCAUGGUAUUUGUGAAGUUGUUAUUGUUUGCAUCGCCACUGGAAUGAUGGUUUCGCUCUUUCGUGUCAAUAACAUAACUUAUGGAUCAGUGGAACUACGAAUAGAAUGUGUCAUCUUUGUGAUUUUCUGUAUUCAAAUACACAUAUCCUUACACAAAGUAGAUCUGGAACUAUAUAUAUGUAAUAAGCACUACAUA